AUGGCGGACACCCAUAUCAAGCCGGAUCCGGAGGGACUGGGCGCAUCGCCGGGUGCCUUCAGCGAAGAGGAUAUCUACGAAGAUGCGGGCGACCUCGAGUUCAACGCGGACCCCAGCUUCCAAUCACUGUAUCUUGCGAAGGUACCGAAGUAUAUGUGGGAGGCCUGGUCCACACUAGACGAUGAUGCCGAGAUCCAGAUUGGUACCAUUAGACAAAGUCAGGAAAAGGGAAACAAUGGCGAGAUGAGACUUCAUAUGCUAUUGAAACCUGACAUUGCGGCGCACCAAAUUAUACCCAAGGAAUACCUGUUGGACGUCACAGAAGAGAAGGUUAAGAAUACGUUCGUCUUCACGGAGAAAGAUCUGCCGGGCUUCAAGUCCAAGUCGAAAGAGAAAUUCGAUCUUGCGACUGCAAAUAUGCCAGCUAGACUCACCCGUCCUAAGAAUGACAAGCCCAUGUCUAAGGAACCUUAUGACCCGAACAAGAGAUUCCAGCCAUACUACCGCAAGGCCAUACCAAAGCGUACGGCCGUCAGUGGGACGGUUAAGCAUGAGGUCAACUGCAUAGCAGUCAUCAAUGAGGAAUCUGAUCGUAUCCUGAACCAGAGAACACUUGAUGCCAUGAAGCCCAAGAGUUUUACCAAGUUCAUGAACCAAGAUUUGUCUGCUAUCAGCUCAGGCUUCAUUCAACCUGGUACUAUACAUGCUCAGAACACCUUCACGGACUUCAUCAAAACCAAGAACCAUUCCUCAGGCGCACGGCCACAACUUACCAAAACUGCCCGUAUGCCCCAAAACGAGCUUUUGGAUCGUAUCUUCGAAUGUUUUGCUCGGUAUAACUAUUGGUCCAUGAAGGCCUUACGUACCGAGUUGCAACAGCCGGAAGCCUAUUUGAGGGAGACAUUAGAGAAAGUCGCAGUACUAGCCAAGAGCGGACGAUUCGCAACGCAAUGGUCCUUGAAAUCAGAGAACAAGAUCGCCAAUUACGAAUCGAUUGGUGAUGCCGUGGCACCUGUAGUUGAAGGAGAUGUCCCAGAUGAGAGCGACAUGGCCGACGAAGAAGAUGGCGAUGAAGACGAGGACGUCAAAUUCGAGGAUGUCGCAUAG